UUUAAAUCAAAUUCAUAUACAAAAUGGCAUAUUCAUAACCCUUUUACAUGACAUCACCAUCUAGACCCUUACCAAAUAUUUAAGGAUAUCCUCCUCAACCUAGUAUUUAACCCAGACCAUUAUAAUAAUAAUUACCUCCUUAGAUUCCUUAGGUAAAUUUCAAAUUAUAUAUUUUAAUAGGGUUAUCGUUAGCCAUAAUACUAAUAACCAUCUUUCCCAACUUAAUAGUAAACUAUUAAUUUGCCACCUUAACCUUCCAGAGUUUAAUCUCAAUAACCUUCAAUAGGCUAUUAAUCAAUACCAUAUUAAUAACCAUCUAUUUAUGCUUCUAGUCCAGCUCGUCCAACUUAAGCUUAAUAUCCACCUCAAUUGCCUGUAAUUUCUUUUCAAUAUCCCUUAGCAAUAUAGAUAAUCUAUUUAAUAAUAAGUAUUACCUAGAAAUUAUCAAUAACCAUAUCCAUCUAUGUAGUAACCAACUUUAUAACCAUUCUAAUAACCAUAAACAUAAUAUCGGUAACCAGUACCAUAAUAUUAAUAACCAUUGCCAUAAUAUUAAUAACCAUAACCAUCAUAUUCUUAAACAUAACCUUAAUAUUAAUAAUCAUAACAACCACAAUAUAUAUAACCAAAAUCUUAAUAUUAAUAGCCCUAACCAUACUAUUCAUAGACAUAACCUUAACAACCACAAGUACAACCCUAAUAUUAAUAAUAAUUAGUUUAAUAACCAAUCUAAAAUAAAACUGUUCAACCACCUAACUAACCAAGACCUUAACAACCUUAAUAAUAAAGACUUCCUGAAUAACCAAAAUAAGCAUAGUAAUAUAGACCUUAAUAGAUUUCAUAGAAAGAUGAAGAUUUAGAAAAAAAAUUUUAAGAUGCUAUUGAUAGAACAAGAGAUUUAGUUUAGAGAUAUUAAAAUCCUUAAUAAUAAUAAUAAUAAUAAUAAUAAUAAUAAUAAUAAUAACAAUAAUAAUAAUAAUAAUAAUAAUAAUAAUAGUAUGCUCCAGAUCAGAAUAAUGAAUAAGAUUAAUAAUUAUAAGAUCUUGCACUACAAUAUGAAGAUGGAUAUAUUUAUAGAGGCUAAGGAUAUGAACCAGCUACAAGAGAAGGAUUUGGAGUCUUGACAGAUUAAAAUGAUAAUGAAGUUUAUAGUGGGUAUUGGCAUGAUAAUUAAUAUCAUGGAUAAGGCAAACUGAUUAAUUUUUAAGCAGAACAUAUUGAUGGACCAUUUAAUUAUUAAGAUUUAAGUGGAAUUGAAAAUGGCUGGUUAGGAUAUGAGGGUAAAUAUUUAAUAUAUUUAAAGGUGAGUUUUUUGAAGGUAAAAUGCAUGGAUAAGGCACUCUUUAAUUAACUAAUGGAGAAAAAUUUGAAGGCUAAUUUAAUGAUGGCAUGAUUGAUGGAGAAGGAAUCUAUUCAACAAUUGAAGGAUAAGCCAUUAAAGGAGUUUGGAAAGAAGGCAUAUUAACAAACUAUAUUUGAUUUGAAUUGUUAACACCCAU